AUGGAAUUGGUCGACGGCCUGGAUCUCGCGAAGGAACAUGAACAACAACCGCUCACGAUCCUGGAAAGCCGCAUCGUCCUUAGGCAGCUUGUCGAUGCCGUCAACUAUCUCCACGGCAAGCACAUUACGCAUCGAGAUAUCAAGCCUGCUAACGUCUUGGUCCGGUCUCGAAACCCAGUUCACGUCAAGCUGACCGAUUUGGGUCUGGCGUCGGCAUCGUCGAGCCUUAAUGGAAAUUGUGGCACGCCAUACUACGUCGCACCAGAGAUCCGUUCCGGCCGGCGGUAUACAAACAAAGUGGAUAUGUGGUCCCUCGGUGUCCUUGCGCUCGAGCUUCUGUUUGGUCUUCCUCACUAUUCCAAAUCGCAAGCCCGCCAAUGGCCGGCAACAGUGGAAGGGCACACCGCCCUCUUAGACCCCUCCCCGAUUCGCCGCUUCGUUUCCGAACUCCUCCAGCGAGAGCCAACGCGCCGGCUUGCCGCAGCCGACGCGUUAAACCACGAAUUUUUCACGACCGACCUCUAUGAUCAUCGCGAUCCUGCUCCGGGGGCGAGUACACGUGUAAGGCGUACGACUCGCUCGUCUCCUGAAAAGGGCCUCCACGCAAAAGAUAUUCACCGCCUGGGUAGCGCGGCCAAACAUGUAGCACAUGCUCUGGGUCAGAUCCUGCGGUUCGUCCGCUGCGCUCUGCUUGUCGGGAAACUUAAUGGUGCGAUGCCGAGGACGGAAGAUCUCGUAGGGACGUCUAUGGUGGCGCUUGCCGACGACGACAACGCACAUGUCUUCAGCUCUACUACGGGAAGCGCUUUACCAAUCGUGAUACAUGCCUCCAACGAAGUAGCUAGUCAGCGCCUGAAGGUCAAUCUAAACGCGCAGCUGCGGGGGCUGCCACCGCACGGCAGUGUAUCCAACCCUAUUGCACCAUACUGGCUGCGACGGCCCCGGAACCGUGAUUCAGGUAACUUCAGUAAUGCCGCCAACGGGGCCCAAAUGGGACACCCAGCACCGCCGAGGGCGGAGGAGGGCGGAGGAGGAGCGACUAGUAUUACCCUGAAGAUGUUUCCAGUCGACGGUUGA